UUGUCGCUACCUGCUAUGCAACAGUCGCACAGAAAGCGACAGAGCGCACGGUUGGAGAUACAUUUAGCAGGUAGAUCAUCAUGACGCUGUUUAUUCGGAAUUCUACAAUAUUUCUGGAAUAAAAGUAGGAACUGAUAUUACUGAAAGGCCCUUGAGGUCAGUAUAGUUGGAACUAACCACCAAAAUGCCUCGCUACCAAAAGAAUCGUUCUUCACCGCGGAAAAUGCAAGGAAAAAAGAAAGAGAAGAAAAUCGUUGAUACGAGAGCGGAAUGUAAUUCAUUGUCAGAAGAUAGUCAAACCGACGGUGUCUCCACAUCAAAGACUACAGAACGAGAAGGAGCCGUGGAGGUAAUUCACUGGAUUCCAGCAUCGGCUGGAAGCGUUAUUCAGAUUCCCAGCGGACAAGUUUCUGAGCAUUUCAAUAUCGAGCUUCAUAAAGAUGGUCAAGUUGUGGAGGUACCAAUUUUUCAUUCAGAUACGGCAGAGGAUUUGACGAUGCCAUCUUCUGUUCUGGACGAAAUCAACUAUGAUCAAUCAGUGACACAGUCUCCGGAGGACUCUAUUAAUGAAAUUAAAGAAACCAGUGUCAUCGUCUUUAAACCUGAUGCUAUUUUUAGAGAGGACGAAAGGGAAUCGAGAGGAAAUUUGGAACUUCGGAAAGAUCUUUUGUUGGAACCGCCUUCUAACUUCGUGGAAGUAAAUGAAGACAAUGAACUUUUCAAGAAUGGAUCUCUAAUAGAAGAUAAAGAAGAAUUGGAAAAUUCAUAUCUCGAUGACCAACAUCAAUCACCAACACGUUACGUGACUUUGGCCUCUUGUAAUCUGCCCACCAUCACCCAUUACGAUGGUGAGGUGCCGGACACCUCCGGUGAAAGCGCUAACAGUCUAACUCUUAUCCCAAACAUGCUCAAUUUCAACCCGUCGUGUUGGAUGUCCAACGCUCACGAAGAAGCUCAAGCUCAUUUUGGUCUUCCAUCGUCUCAUCAGCAACUUGGCUCACCAUGCCAUUUUCCAAUGAUGUCAACAGAAAACACCCAUUUGGAAUAUUCUCACCCGUCGUUCAUGUUGAUGGAAGAUCCGUUCAAAUCUUUGUCGAUACCUGGAUCUAACCCGCUUUACCACCUAGAUACCAAUAAUCGACGAAUUUGGGUUCCAGAAGGCUGUUCAGCCCGCGGGAGCGUUAUAGCGGAUCGUACCAGCAUGCCAGGAUCAACUGGACUCAGAUUGGGUCAAGUGCAAGAAGGAGACGUUUUCAUGGCAGCAGAUUUUGAAAAUGAAGAACUACUUCAACAUGCCGUCAGCAUUGAGCGUUAUCCAAAUCCCAGUCGUUGUUGGAGAGGUUCCAAUAGCAGCAGAGCUCAGUAUGAAAAAGAUUACAAGAAAUCGGCAUGCGAUCGGGAACGGACGCGUAUGCGAGAUAUGAAUCGAGCAUUCGAUUCUCUACGUGAAAAAUUACCGUACAUCAAACCACCAGGGAAAAAAUUGUCGAAAAUCGAAUCCCUCAGGUUGGCUAUCAAAUACAUUCGUCAUUUGCAAUUCUUAUUGGCGUCUCCUCCUGGUAGUACAGUUGAUUUUGAAGCAACCAACUUUUCUCUGGAUCCCUUACCAUCCUGGCGUUCUAUGGGGUUGUUAUCUACUUCUUCUAAUGGAGCUUCAACAUCGAGCGAUAUCCGUCCUACAACAAGCAGUAGUUACGAUUUCUCAUCUUUGUUAUUAAGACACAGUCAACAUCAGAACGUUGAUUUGGGUGCCUCAGGAUCUGGGAUCGUUAGCAUGCAGGAUGUUGAUCAACCGUUCAAGCAUUCGGCCAUAGGAGCAGCCCAAUUUUCUUGCUCAUACGAGGAAACUUCGCCGUUGAAUUGGAAUCAUCAGUCAAAUUAGAUACCUUGUGCAACCUGUUAUAAUACUAGUCAUUAGACGAAAUCAAGGUUAGAGUGCAAUACUGGCUAAUAAUAUUUUAUACGACUUUCCAUCAGCAUGUGUUUCGUUUUUUUACCUUCCAAAAGCACGAUGACUGCUGCAAUUCUUGACGAUUCUGUUGCAACAUACCAAACAUAAUAAGGAAAUAAAAUAACCUAUUCUGUAGUUUAAUGCUAUAUAGUUAAUACAAACAUGCUGUACCGGAA